UCCAUGAAAACGUGAAAAAUACACGUGCCUUGUUGAAAAUUCGAAUUGUCUUCGUAAAUGAGCAUUCAUUCGCAAAACCAAUAUGGGCAAAAAAAGGAAAGGUGGAAUUUCUGACAAGGUGCGCAAUACCAAAAAGAGCGAUGAAAAGAAAACCAACCCAUUUGAGAUCAAAGUCAAUCGACAGAAGCAUGAUAUUCUGGGGAAAAAGAUUGCUAAGUAUGAUAAGGGAAGACCAGGAGUGGCUAGGUCCAGGGCAAUUAAAAAGAGAAAAGAAACACUUUUAAUAGAAUACCAAAACAGGGGCAAAGCCAACAAGUUUAUAGACAAAAGGUUUGGUGAACAUGAUACAAAAAUGACCCUUGAAGAUAAGAUGCUGAAGAGAUUUGCCCUGGAGAGACAGAAAACACAAGACAAGCCCAGUUCAUUUAACCUGAAUGAGGAAGAGGAAGAGCUCACUCAUUAUGGUCAGUCACUUUCAAGGAUUGAGAAGUUUGAAGACCCUGUGGACAGCGAUGAGGAUGAAGAAGAAUCUGGAAAAAUAUCUGGUGAUCUUGUAGCAGAUGAACAUUUUGGUGGAUUCUUAACCAAGAAAUCAGAUGAGGAAACUAAUAAAUCUUGGAAAGAAAGGAUGGAAGAACUUAUUGUCAAGUCUAAAAAAGAAAAGUAUGAGCGCAAAACAGAGAAAGAGAAGACACUUGAAAUGACAGAAAAACUAGAUGAAGAAUGGAAAAGUCUUAGGCUUCUAAUGGGAGGAUCUAAGCAUAAAGAUGAUGCACAAGCCCCAGCAAAGAAAGCAGAUGACUACGACAUAACAGUGAGAGAGUUAGCCUUUGAAAUAAAGGGCAAGCCUUCUGACAGAUUGAAAACUGAGGAGGAGCUAGCUAAAGAAGAAAAGGAACGGCUAGAAAAAUUAGAAGCAGAUAGGUUGAGAAGAAUGAAAGGUGUAUUUCCAGACGAAGAAGCUGAAAAGAAACAAGUUCAUUUUUCAGCAGAUGAUCUGGAUGAUGGGUUUAUCCUUAACAAAGAAGAUGAGGAAAGGUUCCAUGUGAGCUACAAAGAUGGCCAACUUUUGACACCCUUUGGGAAAGAUCAAAGUGAGCUGGAGGAUACAGAGGAAGAAAAAGAUAAGGAUGAUGAUGACGAUGAUGAUGAUGAUGAUGAUGAUGAUGAAGAUGGGGAAGAAGAGGAAAAUGGAGAGGAGAAUUCUGAAGAAGAAGAGUCUGGAGGGGAAGAUAACCACUCAGAUUUAGAAUCUGGUGAUGAAGAAGGAGGAGAAGAGGAAGAGGAUGUGAAAGAACCUUCCAAGCAGCAACAGGCAAAAACAGAUAUUGUAACAGAUUUAAAGAAAAGAAAAAAGGUAAUGGAAGAAGCAAGAAAGGAAUUACCUUACACGUUUCCAGUCCCUUUAACAUAUGAAGAGCUAGUUGACAUGCUGGAGCCUUAUGAUGCAGAUGACCAGCUGACUGUGAUACAGAGAAUAAGAAAGUGUCACCAUCCUAGCCUAGCAGAGGGCAAUAAAGAAAAACUAGAAACUUUCUUUACAGUCCUACUGCCUUAUCUGGGUGAUCUGGCCUCACAAGAGGAGCCCAUGUUGAAGUCUAUCAAUGCAUUAAUUUCCCAUUUGUAUGAGUUGUGCCAGAUGUCUCCCAUAAAAGCUGGACAAGCUGUUAGGGACUUGAUGGAGGAGAAGCAGGAUGAGUUUUCACAGUAUUGUCAGAGGAAAGGGGGGAGGGGAAUUUUCCCCAAGUUAGAUAUGGUGCUUUACUUCAAAUUAGUGAGUCUCCUGUUUCCUACAUCUGACCUGAAGCAUCCAGUAGUUACCCCCACCAUGUUGUUCAUGGGGCAAAUAUUAGCAAAAAGUCCUGUGCAAUCAAACCGAGAUAUCUUUGCUGGUCUGUUUAUCUGUACUUUGUUCUUAGAGUACAUUUCCCUUUCCAAGAGGUAUGUCCCUGAAGUCAUAAACUUUUUAAGGGGUCUGCUUUUCCUAGCUUCGAAGAAGGAUCCCAAUAAAUUGGAAGAUGUUGUCCAUCCUUUUAAACCUGUUGGGAAGGUAGAUCUGCUUGAAAUAAAGGGAAAAACUGCGAAGUCAGUUGAAAUCAAACCAUUUACAAUAUCCCAAACGUUUGCCUGCAAAGACUUGCGUCAGUUAAGCACAGAUGAGUUUAGGGUUUGUGCAACAUGUCAGUCCCUACGGUUGCUGCAGGAGUUUGCAGUAUUAUAUGAAGAUCUCCCUGCAUAUAAAGAAAUCUUCCAGCCACUCAGAUAUAUAUGCAGUAAACUUCCUACAGAAAAGUACCCAGAAAAAGUACAGAAACAGGUCAGUGAUUUGAUUCAACAACUUGAAAAGAAGAACCAAAAUACAAGAAACAGUUUAACCAUGCAAAAAAGGCCACCACCCAUGCUCAAGAUGUUUGAGCCAAAGAUAGAAGAAAGCUUUGAUGGGAGGAAGAAAAGGGGUGGCACCCGUGAGUUCAGAGACAAGCAGAGACUGCUUCACAAGCACAAGAAAGAGAUGAAAUCUGCUGUAAGAGAACUGAGGAAAGAUUCUCAGUUCUUGGCUAGACAAAGGUUGGAGGAGAGGAUGAGCAGGGAUGCUGAAAGGAAGAGGAAAGUGAAGGAAAUCUAUGGCAUGUUGGCGAGUCAAGAGGGGGAGUUUAAAGCCAUGAAAAGGAAAAAAGAUAAACCUGUGAUAUGAAAGAAACUGGAAGCUGAGAGAAAUUGGUACCCAGCAUUUUAAAUAGGUUGUUGAGAAACACCAGUUGAGGUGUGAUAUCCGUGUAGGUAAUGCCACAGGUCUGCAGGUACUCUGUGCUGUAUUAACUCUGGGGCCGGUUUCACAAAGCAGUAGUUAGUUAGAACAACUAACUACUGAACUACCUCGCUAACGAGCAUAC